UAUACUCGUCGGGUCAGUGUAAGUCACACAGAGCCCGUGGCCGCUAUGACUGGCGCUUACUCUCCGCGGGAAUGAUCUGAUCUGACGGCUAAGGAGAGUCAGCGGUGCUCUGUGAAAGUCAUGGCCGCUCAGUGUGAACCUUUGAGCGAAUACUUACAGCAGUCCGAUCCGGGCUCCAACAGCGAGCGCAGCGCUGAUUCCCCUCUGCCCGUGUCUGAGGAUGACUCCAGCGGACCCACUGCACCUCCGGACCCCGAGUGGACCGAGGAGAGGUUUCGAGUGGACCGGAAAAAACUGGAGAUCAUGUUAUUAGCUGCCACAGAGGGGCGAGUCAACGGAGGUGAGGACUUCUUUCAAAAGGUCAUGGAGGAGACAGAUACUCAGAUUGCAUGGCCUUCCAAACUAAAGAUUGGUGCCAAGUCAAAGAAAGAUCCACAUAUCAAAGUUAGUGGUAAGAGGGACAAUGUGAAGGAAGCCAAGGAGAAGAUCGUGUCUGUCCUGGACACUAAGAGCAAUCGCGUGACUCUAAAGAUGGACGUCUCACAUACCGAGCAUUCACAUGUCAUUGGCAAAGGGGGGAACAAUAUCAAGAAGGUGAUGGAGGACACGGGCUGUCACAUCCACUUCCCUGACUCCAACCGCAACAACCAAGCUGAGAAGAGCAACCAGGUGUCCAUAGCUGGCCAGCCAGGAGGAGUGGAGGCCGCCAGAGCCCGAAUUCGGGAGCUGCUUCCACUGGUGUUGAUGUUCGAGCUGCCAGUCAUAGUGCAGCUGAACCCUGACCCCAGCUCUCCUGCCAUCCAGCACAUCUCCCAGACAUACAACAUCUCUGUGGCCUUCAAACAGAGGUCCAGACUCUAUGGAGCAACAGGAGUGGUGCGGGGCUCGCAGAAUAAUUCUGCAGCCGUGAAGAGAGGCACGGCAGUGUUACUGGAGCACCUCGCGGGCAGCUUGGCCAGCUCCAUAACAGUCAGCACACAGCUUGACAUCGCACCCCAGCACCACCUCUUCAUGAUGGGCCGCAACGGAAGCAACAUCAAGCACAUCAUGCAGCGCACAGGAGCGCAGGUCCACUUCCCAGACCCAAACUGUCCGCAGAAGAAAUCCACCGUCUACGUGCAGGGAACCAUUGACUCUGUGUGUCUGGCUCGCCAGUACCUGAUGGGCUGCCUGCCACUGGUGCUGAUGUUUGAUAUCAAAGAGGACAUCGAGGUGGAACCGCAGUGCAUUACUUCCCUAAUGGAACAGCUUGAUGUGUUCAUUAGUGUCAAACCCAAACCCAAGCAACCUAGCAAGUCAGUGAUAGUGAAGAGUGUGGAGAGGAACGCUCUGAACAUGUAUGAGGCCAGGCGUUAUCUGUUGGGUUUGGAGAGCAGUGGUGUAUCAAUCCCUACCAACAGCAUCACCAGCAGUAACAGCAGCGGUCCUCCGUCUGGCCCUGCUCCACCUCCACCUCUCAGCUGCCCUGUUGGCCUCGACAUCCUGGCCUCUGCCGGCCUCGGCCUCACCAGCCUGGGUCUUCUGGGACCUACAGCAAGGUCCAUGACAGGACCUUCCACCAACUCCUUUCUCAACGCUCUCAACAGCUCCAUCAGCCCAUUACAGACAUCCACCUCUGGUACACCCAGCCCCCUCUGGCCCAACUCACUGGCCAGCACUCCAGCUUUCUCAUCGCACUUGAUGAUCCAUCCAGCCACCCAGGCCACUCUAACCAGCAUCUUGCUGUCAGGGGUGUCAGGCUACACCCACAACACUCCGUCCCCUCCACCUGGUCUCGCCCCCAUAGACGCCCAUGUCAACGGAGUAUCAGACUGCAGUAAAGCUGUCUCCUCCCUUAGUAGCAAACAGCCCAGCACCAUGUACAGCAGAAUGUCUUCAGCGUCUCUGGCAGAUAAAGUUCUGACCGCAGCUCAUGGUGACUCUGUGCAGGAAGCCAGUCCCCACUGCCCUUCUGAACCGCUGUCCAGCAAAUCCAGUCAAGACCAAGGAUCAGAUACGUUUGUGGAGGUGGGCAUGCCUCGAAGCCCCUCUCACUCGGGAAACAGCAAUGAACUGAAGCAGAUGUUGGCAUCUUGCAAGACGACGUCAGGAAAGAGGCAAGCCCUGGAACUGCUUCAGGGCACCAAGAACUCCCUCCUACAUUCAGACUGUCUGUUGUCAGACUCAGACUCCAGUGCCUCGGAGAGUCCGGUGGCUGAUAAACGUGCUCCAGGCAGUGAAAGAGCAGCCGAACGGGCCGCUCAGCAGAAUUCAGACAGAAUCCGCCUGCCGCCCCAAUCCCCCUUCUCCAACAUCCAGGCGUUUGACUAUGAGCAAAAGAAGUUAUUGGCAACCAAAGCCAUGUUAAAGAAGCCAGUGGUGACGGAGGUCCGUACCCCUACUAACACAUGGAGCGGUCUGGGCUUCUCAAAGUCUAUGCCUGCAGAAACUAUUAAGGAGUUGCGCAGGGCAAACCAUGUAUCUUAUAAACCCACCAUGUCAACUACAUAUGAGGGGUCGCCUCUAGCCCUGUCCCGCUCCAACAGUAGAGAGGGGGUGGCGAGUGGCAGUGACUCGGAGAACUGGAGGGAAAGGAAUGGGAGCGGGCUCCCAGCACACAGCGACUUUCCCUCUCCCAUCAGCCCCAAAAGAAAGCAGAACAAAACAGCAGAGCACUACCUAAGCAGCAGCAACUACAUGGACUGCAUCUCGUCCGUGACGGGAACUAACGGCUGUAAUCUCAACACCUCCUUCAAAGGAACAGAUCUGCCUGAGCUCUUCAGUAAACUUGGCCUCGGGAAAUAUACAGACGUCUUCCAACAGCAGGAGAUUGACCUUCAGACGUUCCUCACACUGACUGAUCAGGACCUGAAAGAGCUCGGCAUUACUACAUUCGGAGCGCGCAGGAAAAUGUUGCUCGCCAUCUCAGAGCUGAACAAGAACCGAAGAAAGCUCUUUGAGCCGCCCAACAUCCGUUCAUCAUUCCUAGAAGGGGGCGCCAGCGGUCGACUGCCACGCCAGUUCCACACAGACAUUGCCAGUGUGAGUGGGCGCUGGUGAGCCCAUGCCAACGCUUCAUUGGACAGCCAGAAACUGCACAAAUUCCCAUUCCUAACUCCAACCUGAUAUAAUACAGUACUGGACCAAAACCCGGACCUUCUGAAACUGUGCCAACUAAACAAAGUCCAUGGAUCAGAGGUUUCGGGUCAAAGAACUGUUGAAUAUUAUAUGCAGUAUGGUACAUUAUGCAAUAUGGUACUCAUGUUAUAAUGAAGGAUCUCCUGCACUGUGCUUGUAUAUGGAGCAGGCAUAUUUUAUUUAUAUGCUCAUCUUAGGCUUCAACAUACUAAUUCUUUGCACUUUAAAAAAAAAGCUAAAUACUUCGUCCAUGGGCAGAUUUGCCUGACUAGACGUGCAUGGAUUUUAUUUAAAGCACUUAAAUAGAUAUCAAGCCAAAGUGUUCUGCACAAACUAUCCAUAAGGGAAGCUUAUUUCAUCCCACGGCUACAUCACAGUGAAAUCACUAGCCUGUUGUUAUUACUUAUGGAUCUUAGUCAAAGUGGAAGGCAUAUUACAUUUGGCACAAAUGAAAUGGACCGUAGGUCUAUCCCUCACAGGCUUGCUUUCAUUCAGGUCAAAUGAAAACAAGUAUUUCAUAAGUUCCACAGUUCAUAUUCUAUCUAUUAUUUCUAAAACUGGAAAUGGUUUACUGUUAAAGGGAAAGUGAAAAAUGGACAUUCUUUUAGUGUAUGGCUUUAGUUCUUCUAUGGUACUCAAAAGAAGAUAUUUAGAAUGUUUCAGCUGCAUGUUUAGCACAAACGGACCGAGGAGGAAGCCCAACCACAACCCCCCAUCCCCCACCUUGGCGGGCCCCGUUCCCUACCUCGCAUCGGGCCCCGUGUCAGCUAAGGAUGGCCAUGGUUUUCGAGCUUAGUCUUGGCCUGUCAGUAGUACUCUAGCUUUCUCAAUAGUGCCUCAGUUUAGCCAGUGACAGAAGUGCAAAUGACGCCAGCUCUGUUUCAACCACCUUCCUGAAUGCCACAGACCACAAAUCUUCACUCACUCCCUCACUCCCCAAACCCAGCUUUUUAGUAAAGCCUUGGAAUUCCUGGAUCAUGGCUUUUUUCUCUUGCACGCGACCAAAAUCUGUGCUGCUUUCUUGAGCUCUAGACUUCCUUCGCCCUCUAAAGCGCUUUGUUUACUUCUCCUUUCUCCAUCUUCUCUAUCCAUUCUAACGUUAAUCCAACAUGCUCGUCAUAUUCUUCAGAUAUUUCCAAAGCGUUUUUUUUCUUUCUUCGUUUAAUUCUGACUAUAUCUGAAGCUGUGAAUGUUGCCAGAUGUACAGUACACCGGAGGAUUGAAACCACCAAGUGCCUUUUGUCUUGCACUGACAACUUUUCCAAAGCAAUCAAAGACUAUCGAUCUCUCAAAGGUACACAUUUUACUAGGAAGUACCACUUACAAAGUAAAUCUUGCAGUGCAUUGCUUUAUCUUUACAUGUACGUUAUAUAUUUUGUAUUUUCAUUUAGCUCUGGAGUGUGUUGAAUUUGUACCUCACGUGAUAGAGGUACUCUUUGAGUUUGUAUUGUGUGUAUUGUCUUAUUAUGAGUGUGUUUAGCAGUUUGCUUUGAUAAUUUACAGACGGAUCAAUUUGUGUAAUGGUUUGUACUGUUUGUUCGUUUUUAAUCAAAUUGAGAUGACAAAUGAGUGAAACAAUAGCUCUUGGUGUUGCCUAAAAAUAUUAAUAGUAGUAAUAAAUAUGCAACAGACUAUGCAAAGGAUCGCUUUGCCAUUGUAGGUUUAAAUGUUUCCGUUUAUGCACAUACUGUACGCAUUUAUUGGUUGUCUCUUGUUUUUUAAAGCGAAUGAAUUUUAUAGACUUUGUUUCCAGUAAAUGGCUUGAUAUAUCUUAGAUUAGUGCCUUUUAUAUGCAUCAAAUGCCUCUUUAGUAAGAGACCAAUUGUAAUUCAUUUGUAGAAUUGUUUUGUUCUCUCCCUAAGAGGGAAAAAUAAGGGAAAACAGACGUCUUAAUAUUUUGACAUGGUCUUCACAUGGCCAGCACAUAUUUGAGUAUUUUUGGCCAAAGUCAAAUGCAUAACCCUUUAGGGUUAUGAGGUUACAUCAUGUGCACAAAUAUACAAAGCAGUGAAGUAAAAACUGGAUAUUAAAGCACAUUAACCAGUAUUGUUCUUUUUAAAUGUAUGUUAAUUGGCCAGUGCUUUGGGAAUGACUUUUGAAAUCUGUAAGCUUGGCGCAGAUUUUGUAAUAUACUCCAUUGUAUUGUUCUAUGAUGAUGUAUUUGUAUAAUUGCCAUAAAAGUGGUAUCGCUGAAUGUUCUUUAUAAGUUGAAGGUGUUAUGAAAGAAUAAAGCAUAUGCAAACCUUGUCCAUCUUA